AUGAUCCAGCGCAAUUGUGGCGUGGUCUUCCAUGUGUCACUGCUGUACAAUUUGAUGCUGGAACACGAGCAGCGCCGUCCGUGGUGGAGCCGCAUUGAACCCCACUUGGUGCUCGGUGCACUGCCCCUGCAAGCAAAGGACCAUUUGAACUUGUUGGUGCAACGCGAGGGCGUGAAAGCCGUUGUGACCAUGAACCAGCCCGAAGAGCUCUUACCGAAUUUCCUGUCGACCCCAGUUUCGCCGGCCGAGUGGGCGAACGAGCACGUGGCUCAAUGCUUUGGCUCGACUCAAGACUUCGCUUCGCCAGCGCUGGAUACUAUUGAAAAGUGUGUGCUCUUUCUUCAUGACCAGGUUGACGUGCAGCAAAACACGACCUACGUGCAUUGCAAAGCUGGACGUGGCCGGAGCGCAGUAGUUGUCGUGGCAUUUCUCAUGCAGCAUCGCCAGAUGACACUCGACGAGGCCUUUGAGGCGGUAGCGACCAAGCGACCACACCUUUGCCCACUGGCCGCGAAUACAGAGGAAGGGAUCGCCCGUCUAGGCUGA